UAUUGGCUUCGAGUGAGGCAGGCGUACGAGGAACGCAAACUCGUCGAUCCCUACUUCAACAAGAUGAACAUGAACGUGUACCGGGGAGACAAGGCAAUGGCCACCCAUUGGGGGAUCAUGCAGACGGCGUGCAACAAAUGGCACGGCAUACAGGAGGAGGUCGACAAACGGCCGAUCAGCGGCCACGACUUGGAGCAAAAGCUGCGCCGAGCUUUGGACAUGUACACGGACGACACCGGCCUGCAGUUCAAGUUCCUCAACGUCUACGCCCGCCUCGAGAACUGCGAGAAGUGGAAGGAAACUCGCACGACCCUCUCGAAGAGCAAGACCGAGCAGUACAACCCCGACGCUCCGGCGGCUUGCGCGGCGGAAGGGCGCCCUGAACUCGGCUAGAAGAAGCUCAAAGAGCUCAAACGGACGGACAAU